UCACCGGGAAAUAAUGAUACCUGAAUCGUAGUUUUGUGUUAGCCUGUACACUUCUGUUUGAAGUGUGCAUAGGUGGGAGCCCACUGUCCAAAUACACUUGUAAUUUAGCAGGAAGAGGGUCUCCUUGUGGAAGGAGAACAGCUUGUUUCUUCAGUAAUAAUGGAUUGGUUUUGUAUUUCUCUUUUUUUAUCCUUUGGAGCAGUAGGGAGCAGGUGAAUAGACUUUAGAACAGAUAGUAUUUUUAUGGUAUUUAAGUAGAGUUUGAGCUAAGCAUAUAGUAUCUGGCUCUGACAGUUAUAGCAGACCUCUGUUGCUACUGUAAAUAAGUAGGCAGUUUCAGACUGCCAGGCUUGUUACUUAACGCUGUUUUGUUGUUGUUCUUAGUUUGCUGCCAUUGUGGCUAAAAGCAGUAAUUUCUUUUUUAUCCCUUUGGGUUUUUAUGUACCGAACUAUAAAGUCAACUCUAGCCAGUUAAUUUCCUGGCUCUUUACAACUAGAUAGCCGUGUUGGGCCACCUGGUGGGCUCCUCUCAUGGGGGAAGUCUCUGUGAGUGUUUGAAGGGAGGGGGCUGCUGGUCCUCUGUGUGGGAUGCUCUUGGAGAAAUGAUAGUGUUGCACACCGUCGUUAAUGUCAUAUUAAAACUAUCAUUCCCCAAGGCAGGGCACUUAUUUGCUUACAUGCAGCUUAAGACCCCUGUGAAUGGAAACUGAUUGUUUUAUCACAGUUGGCACCUCCUACAUAGUUUUCAGGACGCUUGCUUGUUUACGUCAGCAUUGGUGUCACAAAUAGCAUAUACCAGGUUUGUGCAUAUUUGCAUGUACAGUUGCGUAUGCAGGCACGUAUGGAUGCUCAUACGUUUGCGUCCCUCCCUUCUUUUGGCAUUUGCUUCAUGGGGACUGGAACACAGAAGUCAGCUCCAUUGUGUCAUGUGAGAUAAAGAUAAAAAUUGCUCCCAAAUGGUUAAUCCCCAAGUUUAUGAGAAGUGCUGUGGUAAGUUUAAUGUUCAUAGCCGGUCUUGGUCGUCUACAGUUUUGAACAAAAUACUUUACAUGUACUCAACCUUCAGAAAUAUUAAGAACAACUUUAAAAAGGUUGAUCAUGCGAAUAUUUGAAGAAUCAUGUAAUUUUUAAUACAUCUUGGUUGGUGAGCAUUAUGCAAUAAAUGCCUGACAAAGGUGGUGUCAUCAUCUCAUUUUUUCAGCCACCAUACUCUUAUUUUGUAUAAAAACUGAAGAUUUCUCAACUUUGUUUUUUCUCAAGCUUCUGGUCUUUACUAGCGAAAGGAUCCACAUAUGACGUGCAGUAUACCUGCAAUGCCUGAAGACACUUCUUCACUAAAUGUGUAAAUCUCCUUGUGUUCCUUGUUGUGCGUUCUGGUGGUGUCAGUGCUAAAUUUGAAACUCGAGACAUAUGAGGAAGGAAUGCUUUACUGCUAUCAGGAAUUAUACUUUUGGAAUAAGACAGUUCAAUUUAAGUUUUUAAACUGGAGCUGUGCUAUUUGGGAGAGAAAAUAGUCAAAGAUUGUGGUGGAAAAAUUACAAAAUACUGGGGAUUUACUUGCAUGUGAUGUAUUGCAUUAAACAGAAGCUCUGAAGUAAAAGUUAAUUAAGAGUAAUGUUUUUGUUUUUAUAAUCAUUUAGGAUGUAGCUUGCUCAUUAUAAGGUUGAAAGGCUCUGUCGAAAGAGGCUCGCAAGCAGGCUGUAAUGUUGACAUUGCCAACUUUUCCCUCUGUCCUGAAACAAACCCAGUCAGAGCUGGCCCAUCUGCAGGGAGCUCAGGUUUUGCAGCACGAAGAACAAAGUCAGCGAGCGAGCCAGCUGCCGCUACAAUGCCCACUGUCUUCUGCUCCUUGCCUUUGUUGCCGAUGUCACUGCCUCACUGGCAAAAUCUGGGCUUCUGCGCUCAGCUGGAGUUUCUUUAGCACCUGACACCAGAAUUGCAGAAAUGGCAGAGGCUCGCGAGGUCUGAGCGUGGAGGAUGCUGUCAGUUCAUUUGAAAGAAAAAGCCGAACUAAAGACUGGUACCGAAUUCAUGUAUAAAUGUAACUCUCUUUGUCUGGCGAGCGCUCAUAGAUUGUGUGUUGGAGGAAGGGAAUACUGAACUAAAACUGUUCUCGCUGUGUUCAUUUUCUGUACGUUUGCUAUGGUUGACAUCUCUAAACAAGGCAGUUUGUAUACAAAUAGGUGUAAAGUAUUUAGCAGAUUCCACACAUUUCUGCAGUAUUAUAGGCAUUAAAAUGCUGAGUAUUCAUUUAUUUCUGUGUUUGGCUUUGGAGGUCAGAGGUCAGAUGUGUUGUUACAGUAUAUACUCCUCUGUGUGACACAACAUUUUAAACUAAGAACAGAGUAACAUUGUUUACUUCAUGGAAGGCAUAUUACAGCAUCCCUUCAUUCACGUUUUUCUGCUAUUAGUUAAUUUAGUUACAGGCAGCUGCUCUGGCAAGAUCUCUUAUUUUUAUUGUUAAAUGAGGUGAAGUUCACUGCAGUACUUGAUUUUUUUUUUUUUUUCUUUUAAUUAGUUGUUAAAACAUUCUCAUACUCCUGGUGGCAGAUAAUGUCAAAUUCUUCAAUGUAAUGCUGGGAGCAAGGGAGGCAGAGAGGAAGAAACAGGGAGGGUGAGGGGGGGAGAAAAAAACCCUCCUGAGCAUAUGGAGACAUCCAGAAAAAGAUGUGCAUCGUCAGCUGUGAUUCCAUUGUGUGCUUGCAGACGGGAUCCGAGCUCCUCUUCUCUUGGGAAUUUAAACCUUACAGAAGUAUUCUUUAGCUUUUACCAGUCAGGAUAAUCAAGCUUAGAUAACAUAUAUGUCACAUAUUUACUAUAAAUAAUAUUUUGAUAAUAUUUUAAUAUUUCAGGGAAUAAAUACUGCUGCCAGGACUCCUGCUCUGUGUUGGAAUAUAAUUUUGAAUAGAUAUACAUAUUGGUGAAACGGCAACUUUGAGUAGUAAGAAUAAUCUGUAAUAUUACAUCAGUGGCUACAUAUUACUAAGAUAUCUUACCAGUUCUAUAGUUAGUUUGUCAGCAGUAUUUACAUUAUGCAAACACUCCCUUUUUUUUUUUAAUGAUUCAGUAGCUUAGCCUUUUCAAAACAUACGAAGCAGAAAUGUGACAUGAAAAAUGCCAGCUUGUAUAGUUUAAACAAUUUAGGAUACAGAAUUAGAACAAAAAACCCCCACAAACAACAAAACAAACCAAACCACCACAAACGGAUUGUUUUAAAGCAGUGUUUGUAAAGAAAGCUAUUUUUUCCGUAUUGUGAGUAUUCAGAAAUAGUAUUUACAUGAUAAAAAAACUGAGUGGAAUAAACUAGUUUUCUUUUAUUCAGUCUUGCAUUUACCUAUGAACUAGCAUAGCAUUUCUUCUCCUGAGCAUUUGGAAUAUUUCUGAAUUUAUACAAUUAUUUUGAGUUGAUAAGUAGCUUGAAAAAGAGAUCUUGAAUGUGGUGGAUUUACUGCAUUGUGUUAUGUUACUGUUUAUGAUUUUUCAGUCUUGUUCUAUGGAAAUUGCACAUUAUUCAAGUUACAGACUGAUGUAAAUUUUCCCUAAGAGUUCUAUGGAAAUACACAUAACUCCUAUGGAAAGUGUAUGGUCACUGAGGUGCUUGGCAUUUUGAAGUUUGAUAUUAGUUCAUUAAUUUAAAUGUCUGAAGCUGUACAAUGACUUAUUAACAAUACAGACAUUUUUUUCUUCUGCAGCUGCAUAUUAUACCAUUCCAAGUCUUGCAUUUCCUUAAAUGGCUUCCAUAACAAUCUCCCAUUAAUACAGUUACUGGCAGAUAUUAUUCUUGCUUUGCUCUCAUUUUAGCAGUUAUAACUGAUAGUAAAUCUCACUCUUUCUGUGACUGUGCUGCCAUUACUUCAGUACUCAGAAGCCUCUUUGUAACGUGCAUUUGCUUUUUGCAGUUAAGAUACAAUGUCCUUUGUAAAAAACCUAAUUACACUUUUCCGUUUGUUUUUAAACUUCAAGAAGUUAUUGCUGUUUGGAAAGGAUAACUUGUAUUUUGCUAAAAUACCCCACACUAUAUGGAAACCAUUAAUGUAUUAAUGAGAAGUCAGAGAGUAUAGGUGAGAAAUUAAUUAAAAUAUCUACUGAAUGUGUUGAUUUAUCCAUAAACCUUAGGUAGCAUGGAUCACAUGAGCUUCUGGGGGGCAAUCCUUGGACAUAGCAACAACAAAUAUCUGAUGUAGCAGUGACUGAGAGUUGCUCUUUUGAUGCUUUUUUUAGUGAGCUAUGUAAGAUGUAUUGUUGUUCUCUGGUAGGAUUUAUAGUGGGCAUAUCACAAUUUGCUGCUUUAUUGGCUGCCUCAGUGGAAAAGUCUGAGACUGAAGAAUAGGCAUGGAAAGUAAAAUAACACUUGACUUGUUAGGUCAGAAUUACUAUGGAAUUUUAUUCUUACUCUGCCCAUGUUGUAAUUCAUCUGUGUGUGAGUGGGUUUAGUUUUUCAUUGCUGUCAAUAUUGAUCUCUAAUGAGCCUUGCCUAUGGAUUUUGAAGAAAAUCACUCCAAUUAAAAACAAUGCAGUAUGUCACCUAUUUGUGCCUCACAGAUUAUGUAGGAGGUACUAAAUUGCAUUUAAAAAAGAACUUUAUUAGGAUGUACAUUAGGAAAGUCUGCCUGUGAAUAAAUUUGAUAGUAUAUGUACUGCCACUUUUAUUACAGGUAUUUUUAUGUACUUACAAAUUCAUCAUAUGUCUGUGUGACAGAAUAAAAUCUAAAACAAACAAAAACCACACACACACACAAAACAACAAGCAACAAAACAUUACAAAGAAACCCAAACCCUAAGGUUGUAUGUUUUAAUACUUGUGCGUGUGAGAGUUCAAAUAUCACCCAGUCUACAGCAGAGGUAGACUUUUCUCACCAUGCUUUGAGCUCACAAGGUAGUUCUUCACUCCUUAUUCUUUAUAGUUUCAAAACUAAUGUUAGGACUUGCUGACCAGCCACUUAUGUUACUUCCAGAAGUAAAUGCAGUUAUCGUCAACUAAUUUUACUUGCUACCCUUACAUAAAUUUGAACUUUGGUUUCCAGAGAUAUGAGCAAUGACCUCCUCCUUUUCUAUCAUUUUCCUAAAAUAGAUUAUUUGUGGAGGAAGAUUAUGAAUAUAUACAGAUAAAUACAUUAUUUAUUUUAGCCUAUUUCAAUUAUAUUCACAAGGAGAAAAGCUCAUCUUCAAGUCUAAAUCUUCAUACUUUUUUCUGAAAUAAAAACUUACAACCAGAAACAUACUCUUUUCUUUCAGUAUGGCCAGAAUACUUGUUGCCUUUAUCUUCAAAACAAAAGUCAACCUGUUGAUACUUUACUGGCUAUAAAAUGUAGCUCUAAUAACAUAGUUUAAGGCUUUUUUAAAAAUUAUUUUUUAUUUUAAAUUGCUCGGCAAUUUGCGUUGGCAUUUGCAGUGCAUACAUACUUCUGCUGCUUUUGCUGUAUUUUUUUAGAAUCAUGGCUCACUUUGAUAUAAAGUUAUUGAAUUUUUAACGAGGCCUCAAACUGUUUUCAUGCCACAGUUCUGUAUGAAAAUAGUGUUAACUGCACGAUGGUGAGAUGAUUUGUGACAUCUUCUUUGUGUAAGAAUGAGGGAACCUGAAGACUGUAUGUAGCUGAAAAACAUGUUCACUAAGCUUGCACACUGCAGAUGAUGGUCUCUUCAAAGUACGUCUGACAGUGGUGGUCAUUCACUUACUUCUAGCUAAGCUGUGGAGUUGAUAUUUUGUGUUUUGUUCACAACUUAGAGUUUUUGUGGGGUGAGGAGGUAUCACAUUUUAGGUACCUGGAAUACAGAUGUCCAUUUGCACUGGAAAAGAAAUAAUUGACUCUGCAUGAAUGGAAAGACUAAAGCAUUCUGAAGUCAGAGAACUGUGUGUUACUCUGGGCCAUAUCACUUGUGUUUAGUUAUCAUGUUGACCUUUAAAAGGUUUUCUUUUACCCUUUAGGAGAUGGGGGAUUGAAUGGCGAUGUUGGAAAAUGGCAAGUGUGGAGAAUGGUGGCUAUGGUGUUGUCUCAUAUUGUAACUAAUGCUGAUAAUUGUGUACUGUUUGAGGGAGAGACCCGUUUUUCACGUAGGCCUUUGUGCAGGGCCUAUUUACAGGCCCUUGAGCAGCACCAUUAAGAGCAUUAUGUUGCUGUGAAAGCUGGCUUUAUGCAAGAGUGGUUUCUCUUGAGAUUUGAGGGGCAUCCCAAGAACCUCUCGAUUCUUGUGGGAAUUUGCAUGGGAAUAGGUUACUAGCAUUGCCUUUUGCUGCAGUGUUGGCUUUCUUUUGUUUCAAGCUUCAGAAAGGGCUUGAGAAGGGAAGGCAGAGGACUAAUUUCAUUGUUCAUUACUUCACUGACAGUCUAGUUUAGAUAGAGAACUAAAUCUGGAAUAUACCAGAUUAUACAUCUGUUGGGUAUGUGAGUUUAUUGCUAGUUGGUGCAUAAUUCAAGAUUUACCUGGGAAGAAAGAUCUCAUUCAUAAUAUUUCAAAGGUAGUGCUUCUACUGUGAAACUAUCAUGUAUUGUCUUGGUUUUUCAGUCAGUAUAUUGAUAAGUGUUUUAUGAAUAGAACAAAUGGAAAUUGGCAAAACUUGUCAUUUCCACUGUUGCUACUCGGAGCCCCCUGGGCUCCAGUGUAAUGGUCAGGAGCCACGUAACCUGUGUGCCAGCUCUUGGAGCUGCAGUGCUGGAGGCCAUGUAGGUCAAGAGGAGAGACCCAAAAAUAAAUCAAUGAUAGGAAAAUACCAGUGAGCAGCCAUGCUAGUUGUCAAGAAACAAAAUGGUAGCAGAAUAGUAAUCCUCAUUCACUGGCAUGUGGCAGCUGAAAGACUGGAGAUGAGUGGGAAAUACUGUUGUCUGCAUGGGCACUCUCAUUGUCACUGUUCCUCCGUGGAAGAGGUCUCCCCACCGUGGGCCCGGGGCUGCAUCUGCGGGUGAGACAGCGGCUUCUCUUUGGUGUGUCUCUCUGAACUGCAGGUGCAUAACAGACACUGUAAAUCUCACAAAAUCGCCAAAAAAGUCUAGUAGUGUUUUACUUAAGAAAGAAGUUGUUUCUAAAUUCCUUUUCUCUUGAGGCAUAAUUAGUGUGCUUUUUUCUGUUGAUGACUCUUGUGGUGUAUCUUUCAUUUUCUUUAUGUUCUGCCUUUUUGUUUGUCAGAAUAAGUAAGUAGAAAGCUCUUCUUUGGUAGCUUGCUUGGGUACAUUUGACAUGAAGUACUGUUUGACCUACAAACAGGAGUGCAGGUAUAAUAUUUAUGUGGGUAGUGACAUGCUUCUCUUCCCCGAAGAACUGCGUAUUGCUGUGCGAUGUACGUCAUCUGCUUUUCUGGAGUCUUAAGGACUAUACUAAUGAAGAAAUUGGGCCAGGAGUAUUUGAAGUGGAGAUUCGGAGAAUAAACAUGCUUCUGUAUGUGCAACUCUAAAUAAUGGUUGAAAGACAUGUUAAAAGAACACCAAUUUCUCCUUUUUAGAGAUUUGAAACUUGUGUGUUAUAAUGUCAACCAGCCAAGCAGUCAACCAAAAAAGGAACCAACCCAUUUCACAGAGUUCCCACAGAUUCUUUUGUGAAAAUAAAGGCUGUGUACCUACCAUUAUGCCUGAAAAGUAUCUGAGUCGUGAGGCCCCCUGCACGCACAGCCCCUAGAAAUCAUUGCCUGCCUCACUGAGUCUUGAACCCCUGCUUCAUUCCAUGCACAGAAUGGAUCUGCUGCGGGAAUGAAUCUGGUUGAUGCAGUGGAGAAGGCUGUUCUCUGUCGCACCCCUGCCUCACUUCCAGCAGAAGCCGGGACGCGCGUGGCGGGCGAGGCAGGGGACCGCAGGAGGCGGAGGCCGUGCUGAUGCUCUGUGCAGCUGCAUGCUGCCCUGGGGAACAGGACUCUCUUCCCAGCUGUGCUGCAAACUUCCCAGGUGAUGCUAGUUGCUGAUAUGUGUUCAAGAUGAGUGGGAUGGGAGAAAAUACCUCUGACCCAACCAGGACAGAGUCAAGAAAGCGCAAGGAUCCCGAUCAGCUUGGACCCAGCCCUAAAAGAAGCACCGAGAAACGCAAUCGUGAGCAAGAGAAUAAAUACAUAGAAGAACUUGCAGAACUGAUUUUUGCAAAUUUUAAUGAUAUUGACAACUUUAACUUUAAACCUGACAAAUGUGCAAUCUUGAAAGAAACUGUGAAGCAAAUUCGUCAGAUAAAAGAACAAGAGAAAGCAGCAGCAGCUAAUGAAGAUGAAGUGCAAAAAGCAGAUGUAUCAUCUACGGGUCAGAGUGUCAUCGACAAGGAUGCACUUGGACCAAUGAUGCUUGAGGCCCUUGAUGGGUUCUUCUUUGUAGUGAACCCAGAAGGUAAUGUCGUGUUUGUUUCUGAGAAUGUGACGCAGUACCUAAGGUACAACCAAGAAGAGCUGAUGAACACAAGCAUAUAUAGCAUCCUGCAUGUAGGGGACCACAAUGAAUUUGUCAAAAUCCUGCUGCCGAAAUCCUUAGUGAACGGUGGAUCUUGGUCUGGCGACUCUCCUAGGCGUAAUAGCCAUACCUUUAAUUGUCGGAUGCUGGUAAAACCUCUUGCUGAUCCUGAAGAAUGCCAUGAUAACCAGGAAGCACAUCAGAAAUACGAAACUAUGCAGUGCUUUGCUGUUUCUCAACCAAAUUCCUUCAAGGAGGACGGUGAAGAUUUGCAGUCUUGCUUGAUUUGUGUUGCAAGAAGAGCUCCAAUGAAGGAAAGACCACUUCUUCCUUCAUCAGAGAGCUUUACUACUCGCCAGGAUCUACAAGGCAAAAUAACUUCACUGGACACAAGUACCAUGCGAGCAGCUAUGAAACCUGGCUGGGAGGAUUUGGUGAGAAGAUGCAUUCAGAGGUUCCAUUCGCAGCACGAGGGAGAAAUAUCUUUUGCCAAGAGGCAUCACCAGGAAGUGCUGAGGCAGGGACUAGCGUUUAGUCCUGUUUAUCGGUUUUCCUUGUCUGAUGGCACUAUCGUUUCUGCCCAAACGAAGAGUAAGCUCAUCCGUUCUCAGACGACUAGCGAACCUCAGCUUGUAAUCUCCUUGCAUAUGCUUCACAGAGAGCAGAAUGUCUGUGGAAUGAAUCAGGAUUUGACUGGACAAGGAAUGGGGAAGAUACUGAACCCAAUUAGCUCCAGCAGCCCUGCCCAUCAGGCCAUGUGCAGUGGGAACCCAGGUCAGGAUAUGACCAUCAGUAGCAAUAUAAAUUUUGCCAUAAAUGGCCCAAAGGAACAAAUGGGCAUGCCAGCAGGCAGGUUUGGUGGUUCAGGGGGAAUGAACCAUGUGUCAAGCAUACAAGCAUCCACUCCUCAGGGUAGUAACUAUGCACUAAAAAUGAACAGCCCCUCACAAAGCAGCCCCGGCAUGAACCCAGGGCAGCCAAACUCUAUGCUUUCCCCGCGGCAUCGUGUGAGCCCUGGAGUGGCAGGAAGCCCUCGCAUCCCACCCAGCCAGUUCUCCCCCGCAGGAAGCCUGCAUUCCCCCGUGGGAGUCUGCAGCAGCACAGGAAAUAGCCAUAACUACACCAACAGUUCCCUGAACGCGCUGCAGGCCCUCAGCGAGGGCCACGGUGUUUCUCUGGGAUCCUCGUUGGCUUCACCUGACCUAAAAAUGGGAAACUUACAGAAUUCCCCUGUGAAUAUGAAUCCUCCCCAGCUAAGCAAGAUGGGAAGUCUGGACUCUAAAGACUGCUUUGGACUAUACGGGGAGCAAUCAGAAGGUACAACUGGACAAGCAGAGAGCAGCUGCCAUUCAGGAGAACAGAAAGACAGUGGCGAUAGCAGCAUGCCACCGGUUGGCAGUGGCGAGAGACCUGAUGGACAGAAUAAACUGCAUGACGGAAAAAGCCAGACAAAGCUCUUACAAUUGCUGACCACCAAAUCAGAUCAGAUGGAGCCUUCACCUUUGUCCAGUACCAUGGGAGAUGUUAGCAAGGACUCCACGGGAGCGUUGCCUGGGUCUGGUUCAUCACACGGAACCUCGCUCAAGGAGAAGCAUAAAAUUUUGCACAGACUAUUGCAGGACAGUAGUUCUCCUGUAGAUUUGGCCAAGCUCACAGCAGAGGCCACAGGCAAAGAACUGAGCCAGGAGUCCAGUAGCACAGCUCCUGGUUCAGAGGUGACUGUUAAACAGGAGCCAGCGAGUCCUAAGAAGAAUAAUAAUGCACUACUUCGCUACUUGCUAGAUAAAGAUGAUACUAAAGAUAUUGGUUUACCAGACAUACCCCCAAAACUGGAGCGGUUGGACAGUAAGACAGACCCUUCCGGUAGCACAAAAUUAUUAGCUAUGAGGACAGAGAAAGAAGAGAUAAGCUUUGAGCCUAACGAACAGCCAGGCAGUGAAUUGGAUAACUUGGAGGAGAUUCUGGAUGACCUGCAGAACAGCCAGUUACCGCAGCUUUUCCCGGAUAGCCGCCCCGGAGCGCCAGCGGGCUCGGUGGACAAGCAAGCCAUCAUCAAUGACCUCAUGCAGCUCACCAGUGACAGCAGCCCCGGCUCGGCCGUGGCCGCCCAGAAACCAGCAAUGAGGAUUUCACAGAGCACUUUUAAUAACCCACGAGCAGGGCAACUGGGCAGGUUAUUACCAAACCAGAAUUUACCACUUGACAUCACACUGCAGAACCCAACAGGUGCAGGAACUUUCCCACCCAUAAGAACAAGCAGCCCCUAUUCAGUGAUACCUCAGCCAGGACUGAUGGGCAGGAAUGAAGGCAUGAUAGGAAGUCAAGGAGCCUUAGGCAACAGUAGCACAGGAAUGAUGGGUGGCAAUGCCCCUCGACCUGCCAUGACAUCUGGAGACUGGGGAAGCCAGGCUUCUGCUGUGAGGGUGACCUGCGCGCCCACCGCGACUGCCAUGAACAGGCCAGUGCAAGCGGGUAUGAUUCGCAACCCCACGGCCAGCAUCCCCUUGAGACCCAGCAACCAGCCUGGCCCCAGGCAGAUGCUUCCAUCUCAGGUCAUGAAUAUGGGGCCAUCUGAACUGGAGAUGAACAUAGGAGGACCACAGUACAGCCAACAACAGGCACCUCCAAAUCAGACUGCACCAUGGCCAGACAGCAUCUUGCCUAUAGAUCAGGCAACUUUUGGUAAUCAGAACAGGCAACCGUUUGGCAGCUCACCAGACGAUCUCUUGUGUAAUCAUCCUUCAGCAGAGUCACCAAGUGAUGAGGGUGCUCUCUUGGAUCAGCUUUACAUGGCAUUAAGGAAUUUUGAUGGUUUAGAAGAAAUCGACAGAGCUCUGGGAAUACCAGAACUAGUUAGCCAGAGCCAAGCUGUUGACCCAGAGACCUUCUCCAGCCAGGACUCGAGCAUCCUGAUGGAGCAGAAGGCUCCAGUCUUCUCGCAGCAGUACGCGGCGCAGGCUCAGAUGGCGCAGGGCAGCUACGCGCCCAUGCAGGACCCCAACUUCCACCCGCUGGGGCAGCGCCCGGGCUACGCAGCCCUGCGCAUGCAGCCCCGGCCCGGCCUGCGCCCCACCGGCAUCGUCCAGAACCAGCCCAACCAGCUGCGGCUCCAGCUGCAGCACAGGCUCCAGGCACAGCAGAAUCGGCAGCCACUGAUAAAUCAGAUCAGCAGUGUCUCCAAUAUGAAUCUGUCUUUGAGACCUGGCGUGCCAACACAGGGCCCUAUCAAUGCGCAGAUGCUGGCGCAGAGGCAGCGGGAGAUCCUGAGCCAGCACCUGCGGCAGCGACAGAUGCAGCAGCAACAGCAGCAGGUGCAGCAGCGCACGCUGAUGAUGCGAGGACAGGGCUUGAACAUGACCCCCAGCAUGGUGGCUGCUGGUGGCAUUCCAGCAACCAUGAGCAAUCCACGGAUCCCGCAAGCGAACGCACAGCAGUUUCCGUUUCCUCCAAACUACGGUAUUAGUCAGCAGCCUGAUCCAGGCUUCACAGGGGCCACCACUCCUCAGAGUCCACUGAUGUCCCCAAGACUGGCUCAUACGCAAAGCCCCAUGAUUCAGCAGUCUCAGGCUAAUCCUGCCUAUCAGUCCUCUACGGAAAUGAACGGGUGGGCACAAGGGAAUAUGGGUGGAAACAGCAUGUUUUCACAACAGUCCCCACCACAUUUUGGGCAGCAAGCAAGCACCAGCAUGUACAAUAAUAACAUGAACAUCAGUGUAUCCAUGGCAACCAACACAAGUGGUAUGAACAACAUGAACCAGAUGGCAGGGCAGAUCAGCAUGACCUCAGCGACCUCUGUGCCUACAUCAGGGUUGUCCUCCAUGGGUCCUGAGCAGGUUAAUGAUCCUGCUAUGAGAGGAGGCAAUCUUUUUCCAAACCAGCUGCCUGGAAUGGAUAUGAUAAAGCAGGACGGAGAUGCAACACGGAAAUAUUGCUGACCCUGAGGAUGGUUCGAUUGCUCCUUUCUUCAGCUGACUGGGCUUACAGCCCCAAAUCUUUACCGGUUUGAAGAGCUGUGUCUGUUUGUCAUGACCCAGCCGAGCUGCCAGCGCUGGUGGCAGCCGCUGCUGCCGCAGGACUCAGCCCCGCCUGCCCCAGGGAGCCGGGCGGUCCUGGCCCAAGAGCAGCCUCUUCUUUGACAGUCUGAAGCUCGCGGACAGACAGUUGCUCAGUCUGUUCACUGCAUUCACCUUAGUGCAACUUAGAUCUCUCCUGCGAAGUAAAUGUUGACAGGCAGUUUUCAUAAACCAUGUCAGAUUGAAUGUAUUUAAAUGUAUGUAUUUAAGGAAAAACAACCAUGCUCUCGUUCUGUUUCUGUUUAGUUCUAGACUUUGGUUUGGUUGGGUUUUGUUUUUGUUUUUUUUUGCUUUGUUUUCCCUGGCUUACUCAGUCUGGUGCAAAGGAUUCAGUUCCGUCUGAAAACUGGUGUUUUAGACUAAGGCCUGCAUUUUGGGGCGGAGAGGAGGCGUGGAGGAGGGUGUAGAAGCAACGUCUGGUGCACCUAGACACCUCCAACGAGCACGUUCCACUGACAACAAGUCAGAGAAGAUGAACCAAUGUAGAAAACUACACAGACCAAUUUUGAAUGGGGUUAAAGUUGUAAAACAGAUGAAAAUUACCCUGUGAGAGGGCUGUUUAUAAGGGGUGUUUUGGUUGGGUUUCAUGGUAAUGUUUAUAAUGCAAGUCAUGAAUACAAAAAUACAAGUUGGUUACAUUUGUUUCUGAUUAAAUUCCUGGCAAUCAGCAAAAUCUGAUUUUUGUAAUCUGGCUCUCCUGACUUCUGUCAUCUUCCUCUUCUUUCUAAUAGAAUUAAAAAAAAAAAAAAACAACAACAACAACAACAAAAAAAAAUAAAAAAAGGUUACCCCUUUAUUUCCCUGGGUGUGUUUCCAGCAAUCUGGAUGGCCAGUUACUGGGUGCUGAACAGCGAAGUUCAAUGGUGAUGCAUGUACUGAUUAUGGUAGUGGCAGAAUUGGUGCAUAAUAUCAAAUAGCUCAAGAUACCUGCUUUAAAGCAUGAUUAUUAUGGGUCCCAUCCCCUUAACUGGGAAAAUAACAGUUCCUGUAAUACCUAUAGCAGAUAUCACUACAGACUUCACCACUAUCGUGUGUUUCUGAUUAUUUUAAAGCAGUGUGAACUACAAGGACGUUUUGUAAGGUACACACAAUCCAGUUUAUAUGUAAACAAGCAAUAAUUUAAGUUGGAAACUUAAGUGUUUUACUUGUAUAAUUUUUGUGAGAUAUACAUGUUGUGAAGUUGAUUCCAAAUGAGGUACUUCAGUAUUAAAUUAGAUAUCUUCUUAGCCGUGUGUGUCUCCUGGAAAAGUGUUUUGUAGAGGAUCACAAAGCCUUGAUUAGACCUAAUUUGUAGGCUUGAGACUUCUCGUUUUCUAAACGUUGUGAUUCUGCUCAUAAUGUCAUUUAACUAACCUAUAUUAUAUGCAGCCACUGUAGGAACCAGUUCUUGAUUUUUGUAUGUUUAUAUCCUUUCGUAACAAAUCUUAGAAAAACUGUUACUAAGCAGGCCACUGUUAGGGAGCAGGGUUUUUUCUUGCCCACUGUGGUUGGAAUAAUCUUUUAGUAAACUGACACCAGUUUCUGAGGACUUUAAAUACUAAGAAGUUGAUGGUUUUGACCUCUGUUUUCUUUCUGCUGACCCCCGAUCCACAAACUCGCUAACCUGAAUGCAGAUUUUUGGAUGUCGUGUAAAAUGCAAUGCAUUUUGUAAUAGCUCAUCAGCCAUGCCUUUUAGGAGUUAAAGGUUUAUUCUGUUGCCAUUUAAUGUGCUUUGGUUUUCAGGUAGGAGUUCAAAUAAAAUAGCAGCCUUGCUAUAUUAAGGCUGAGGAAACUAUGAUAAAGAUGUUUCCAAAUAGGCUGUUUCUGUAGAAGACUUUUGAUGAAAGCCCAGGAAAUGUACAGUUGUGUUUGCCCCUAAGGAGGGCAGCGCCACCAUUCUAGAGAAACAACAUUUUUCAGCUGUCACUGUUCUGUUACCAAUUCAAACAGAAUAUUUAUUCAGCUGAGCCAUCCUCUUUACCUGCUGAUGGGAAACCAAAAUAACCAUCAGCCCUGAGAUCUGCAGCCUCAUUCCUACAGCACGAUUUUUGUUAAACUUGCAUUAUAUAUCUGACAAAAAGUGGCUUAUAUAAGAUAUAUAUAAAUUUGAAGGAAUUAACUUGAUGCACCUCAAAGUGUAAAUGAGUUUUAAAAUAAUUUACUUUCCAUUCAUUCUCUUGGUUCUUAAUGGUAACCUCUUCAGAUAGAUUAUUCUUUUUCACAGUGGACAAAAUAGUUUAAAUUUGUCCCAUUUCACGAGAGACCUGCGAACCCUUAUCAUCUGUAGUGAUUAUGAUACUUCAUCAUCCAUUGCCACUUGGAAAGGAAGGAGAUUGUACCUAUCACUUUGGCUCCAUUUGGGUUCAUCGUGACUUUAGUCGUCUUCUAACUAAUGAAAGAGAAAAGUGAGUGAAGGAAUCUUCUGAUCAUAUUGAUCACUAUGGAAACAAAAAAAAAGCCAAAUCAAUUCCCUUCAUUAUCAGUACUUUUCAUCGUGUAUACAGUAAAUUUGUCGGAGAAAGUACUUGGAUUUUGUUUAACAGAACAAUUAAUCAGUGUUCUACUUACUAAAUGUGAAAGGCGCAUAAUGUGAAAAAUAAGCAUAUAUACAUGGUCAUGCGACCCGUUUAAGUGUUCAUGUAAUGUGGUAAGUUUAAAAAGUGAAGUGAGCUGUUUUGCUACAAUGAAUUAAUUUGUACUCGAUCUUUAAAAUAUUGUCCCACACCGGUAUCCCUUUGGGCCUGUAUUAAUUAAAAGCAAUGUUUUUGCAGUUUAUACAAUACAUUUUUUAAUCUUUGUUUAAAAGCGGAAUUCAUAUGAGCUUAACAGAUGAAAUGGGUGGCACAGCUCCACUUGCAGAACCCAAAGAUACACAAUCAGUUUUGAAAUGCAACUUAAGCCAUUAAUUGUUGGUGUGAAUUUAAAAGUUUUCUAGUAUUUGUAUGGUAGUAUGCUGCCUAAGAGCAAAAGCAUUCUCUGCACAGAAGAAAAUUUACUGUAGUGGCUUUGAUUUUAAUUAGAAUUUUCUCCCUGGUGUUUCUUUGUAGACUAAAACAAAACCUUUUAAGUUUCUUACUACAGGUAAAAGCUAUGUGCAAGAACCUCAAAAUGCUAAAAUCUAGCAUAAUGCCUUAGAUCUGUUUUUAAGUCUUGUAUAUUCCUACAUAGCUGUCUGAUGUAUUAUAUUUGUAUAGUGAAUUGUGUACAAUUUUGGAAUAAGUGCAUCAUCACUUAAUCUUUAUGUUGUUCAAUAGAGAUGAUGGACACAUUUCUUCAAGCAUUUACUGUCAUUCAGUUUUUUCCCUUUAUGUCAUUUGUGGGUUUUAUUUGUACAGUUCAUCAUGAAAUUGCAUCUGAGAUGUGUGUAUAUGAAAAGAUUAUACAAGGGUAAAAUUAAGCAAUAUAUAAACUAUGGUUCUUCAGGAGAAAGCUUACAGUGUUUCAGGUUGUGAUUUAUUUUCAAAACGGAGUUGACUCUGAACAUCACUUUGUUCACCUGCAUUGAUGUUUGUAUUUCUAGUGUGAGCAGUUUAUGCAAAGGUAGAUAUAUUCAGAGAAAUUUUAAAUACAUUUAUGCAAGUUAAUAUUGCUUUGCUGAUGCUAUUUGCUUAUUUGAUGUUAAAUAAUGCUAUUGUAAAUAAAGAAUUCUGUUGUUAUUGCAUCAUUUAAUAAAUUUUAAUGCCUUCGGGUUUUACAUGGCUUUAGAGAUUUCAA